AUGCCCAAGGCAGUCAGCGCCAAGCCAGGCAAAGCAGCAGACACUGCCAACAAUGUCUUCAAGUUCAACAAGGACUUUGGCCAGCACAUCCUCAAAAAUCCGCUCGUGGCGCAAGGUAUCGUCGACAAGUCAGAUCUUAAGCCCAGUGAUACAGUGCUCGAAGUCGGUCCAGGUACAGGCAACUUAACAGUUCGCAUCCUUGAACAAUGUCGCAAAGUGAUCGCUGUGGAGAUGGACCCGCGUAUGGCGGCUGAAUUGGCAAAACGGGUGCAAGGCAAGCCUGAGCAGAAGCGCCUAGAGAUUCAGCUCGGCGAUGUCAUCAAGACUGAGCUCCCGCAUUUUGACGUCUGCAUCAGCAAUACACCCUAUCAAAUCUCUUCGCCGCUUGUAUUUAAGCUGCUGGCGCAAAAGCCGCCGCCCAGAGCUGCUAUCCUCAUGUUUCAGCGAGAGUUUGCAUUACGACUUGUUGCGCGUCCUGGCGACGCGCUCUACUGCCGGCUCUCUGUCAAUGUGCAGAUGUGGGCACGCGUCAAGCACAUCAUGAAGGUUGGACGCAACAACUUUCGGCCGCCGCCACAAGUCGAGUCUUCGGUAGUCAAGAUUGAGCCCAAGACGCCGCCACCACCGGUCGACUUUGACGAGUGGGAUUCUUUGCUACGUCUUUGCUUUGGCAGGAAAAACAAGACGCUUGGUGCACAGUUCAAGCAGUCUGCGACGGUGGAGCUGCUAGAGACAAAUUACAAGACCUGGUGCAGCCAGCAUGAUGAGAUGGUGGACGACACGGAGAGCAUCAAGGACAAGAUUGCCAGAGUGCUAGAGGACACAGACAUGGCGGAGCAGCGGGCGAGCAAGUGCGAUGAGGCCCAGUUUCUGAAGCUGCUGUAUGCCUUCAACAAAGAGGGCAUCCACUUUGCCUGA